CAUCAGGUAUCCGCCCACUACUAGGGUUAGUAUACAAAAAUCGAUUGUCACAUGGAAGAAGGAGGGGAAUACACUCAGAGUUUGGAAACGAAUGGAAAGAGAAGCACUGGUGAGCGGAGAGUCCUGUCAUUUCCAUUUUCCAUACGUGAUCGAGUUGUCUACACACGUCAACUAUAAUUGUUGAAUAUGUGUAUUUCAAAGAUGUCGACUGUUGGAGAUAAUGAAGAAGAUAUUUCUAUAAGACUUCUGGGACUAGAGAAUGAUAUUAAUCACUUCAAAAUCAAAAGCUGUAGUCCCCUGGAAUGUUUAAUGGAGAAAUACUGCCUUAAAACAGGCAUACAACAAUCAAAUGUAUUAUUUUUCCAUAAAAGAACUCGAAUUCGCAAAACGGAUACCUUAUUAUCUUUGGGUAUAGGGGCCUUAAGUGUAAUUGAAGUUCACGAGAUACAUUUUGGUGGUUAAUUUUAUGGCAACUAUUAA